AUGUCACAUAAUCACGAUCACGAUCAUGAUCACGGAAGUGGAGAAGACCACAAAAGUGAAUUAUUGAAUGCCAAGGUUGGUUUAAUUGUUGGUAUAUUCUUCCUUACACUUGGAUCAUCAUAUAUUCCAUUUAUUAUGGGCAGGGCCAAGGUAAAGAAUCUAUUGACCAUCUUGGCGGUGUUUACCUGUUUUGCAGGUGGUGUUAUUCUGGCGGGUGGGUUCAGUCAUAUACCGCACCACGCCGAGGAAGCCUUUGCCGAGUACUUUGCCGAUAUUGAUCCAGAGGGACAAAACGAAUACCUCCAUUUCCCAUUCUCCAUGACCAUUGCCAUCUUUACUCUGCUCGUUCUCAUUGCCAUUGACAAGUUGUUUAUCGAAGGUGGAUUCCAAGGUGAAAAGGGUCACAAUCACAUGAACCUCUCUAGUCAUGCCGACACCCAACACAAACACACUAGCAACCACACUCCAGACGUUGAAAUGGCCGAAGUUGAAACACCAGGCAAUCCAGAUGGAGGUGACGCCGAUCACGGUCACAGUCACGGUCACGGACAUAGCGGUAAACACGACGAGUUACACGACGACGGUAAUGGUAAAACCCAUCAAGCCAACGUUGGACAAGCUUGGUUAUUCUUGGUUGCUCUAUCCAUUCACUCUAUUCUCGACGGUCUUGGUUUGGGUGCAGAAACCUCCAAAGACGGUUUCUACGGUCUCUUGGUUGCUGUACUCGCCCACAAAUUACUCGACGGCUUUGCUCUUGGUGUACCAAUGUAUUUUGCCAAGUUUUCCGUGCUCCAAACUGCCAUGGCCCUCGUUUUCUGUGCUGCCAUGACUCCACUUGGUAUUGGUAUCGGUAUGGCUGUCACCUCUGUCUAUGAAGGUGCCGGUGGUCAUUUGGCCGAAGGUAUCAUUCUCUCUGUCACUUGUGGAUCGUUUAUCUACAUUUCACUCAUCGAACUCAUUCCAUCUGGUCUUUGUCAACCCGGUUGGUUAAGACUUAAAUUGGCAAUGGUAUUCCUUGGUUGGGCUUUAUUAGCAAUCAUUGCACUUUGGGUUUAA